CUGGGGUCGCGCACGAUCAAUGACCGAAGCAUCAGCCUCCACUCUAUUACACUAUCGACAUGUAUCUAUCUGAUGGCGCUUUGCCCCCCCCUCCCCGCCCGGGAGCUCGUACUCCGUCCUAACCACCGACCGAUGUGUAAUGGAACUGGAUUCCUUAUAAACCCUUUGGUUUGGCAAUGUGGUACAUUCGGUCAAGCUUGCAGAUAUUAACGAACUUGCCCAAUACCGCGGUCCUAUACUCCCCCUUACUCGACGAAACGAUAUUCGACAUGUCUGCGUUUUUGGAAGAAGUGGAUGUCCUGGUGGUGGGCAGUGGAAAUGCGGGAUUUGCAUCCGCCAUCUCAGCAGCGCAGUCCGGCGCCGACCGCGUGUUGUUGAUAGACAAAUGCCCCGAGGAGUGGGCAGGCGGCAACACUUACUUCACCGCGGGAGCUUACCGGACAGCCCAUGGGGGACUCCAGGAUCUGCUGCCCAUUGUCAACAACGUCACCCGCGAGCAAGCCCAGAAAAUCGACCUGGCUCCGUACGCACCCGAGGGCUUCAUGGCGGAUCUGCAGAAAACCUGCAUGGGAAGGUCGGAUCCAGAGCUCGCGAAAGCCCUCGUUGCCGACUCCAACUCCGCGGUCAAAUGGCUGGCAAGCGAAGGGAUACGGUUUCAGCUGUCGUUCAAUCGACAGGCGUAUGAGGUUGACGGCCGGAUCAAGUUCUGGGGCGGGCUGAGUCUCAAAACCCAAGAUGGAGGCAAAGGGCUGAUUGACGACUACCGGGCUGCUGCCAAACGGCAUGGAGUCCGGGUUGCCUGGUCCACAACGCUCAGCGGGAUCCAGACCGACGCGGUUGAUGGAAGCCUCGUUGCGUCGGUCAAGACUAAUGCCCAGGAGAGUGUCAUCAAAGCUGGGGCGAUCGUUUUAGCGGCUGGUGGGUUUGAGUCGAAUGCCCGGAUGCGGAGUCAGUUCCUCGGUCCUGGCUGGGAUCUUGCAAUGGUUCGAGGCACCCCAUACAACACCGGCGAUGUCCUUGAGCUAGGUAUCCAACAGCUCGGGGCUCAGCCCGUCGGCAACUGGUCCGGCUGCCACUCGGUGGCCUGGGAUGCCACCGCCAAUCCAAACACCGGUGAUCGAGUGGCCUCCAACGAGUUCACCAAGUCCGGUUAUCCACUCGGGCUCAUGAUAAACGUUGACGGCCGCCGAUUUGUCGAUGAAGGGAUCGACAUGCGGAACUACACAUAUGCCAAGUUUGGCCGAGCGAUCCUCCAGCAGCCCGAACAAUCUGCAUUCCAGGUCUGGGAUUCUCGGACCAAGCCGUGGCUGCGACCAGAGGAAUACCGAGAAGAACGUGUCGAACAUAUCUCCGCCGAUACUUUGGAGGAGCUAGCCGAGAAGUGUGCCUCCCGUGGCCUCCAGAACCGGGAGGCAUUCCUGCGCACCCUUCGUGAAUACAACGAGGCCGUCUAUGCCCAUCGCCGUGAAAACCCAUCCGCCAAAUGGGAUCCCGCCAUCAAGGAUGGCCUGUCGACCCAAUCAUCCGCCAAGCAACUGGCACUGGCCAAGUCGAACUGGGCCCUGCCGCUGGACCAGGGCCCUUACCUCGCCAUCAAAGUGACAUGUGGCAUUACCUUCACCUUUGGCGGUCUCAAAGUGGACGCCCGCAACGCACAGAUGAUCGCUUCGGCCACGGGACAGCCCAUCCCCGGGGUGUACUGUGUCGGGGAGAUGAUGGGUGGGCUGUUCUAUUCGAAUUAUCCCGGUGGUAGUGGCUUGACUUCAGGCGCUGUUUUUGGUCGGAGAGCUGGCAAGGCCGCCGCGGCUACUGCCAAAAUGAGGAAGAGCAAAAGUCAGGGGCAACGCGAGCCCCAGCAGACUCAGGUCGCCGUCGCCAGCAGGUUGUAGACUUGAGUGAUUACUGGAUUUGC